AUGGAAAUAAUCUUCUCUAGUUUCGGCACAGCAAGCACAGACGAUUUCGUUGGUAUUGAUAAAGAAAUUACAUUUCAACCUGGUGAAAUUGGACCAAAAGUUGUUCAGAUUAAUCUUGUGAAUGAUAGACAUGAUGAACCAACCGAAGAAUUUAGGGUUUCACUUGCGUCAAAUUCAAGAGUAAUUUUAGGAAAUUCUUCUAAAGUUAAAAUAUUAGACGAUGAUGCUCCACCAGUCAUUGAAUUCACUCGACCUGUUUACGAAGUAUUAGAGAGUAAAGAUUCUGUUGCCGUUGGAAUAUCUGUUACAAAUGGAAAUGUUACUAGACCAGUCACUGUUAGAAUCUUCUCUAGUUUCGGCACAGCAAGCACAGACGAUUUCGUUGGUAUUGAUAAAGAAAUUACAUUUCAACCUGGUGAAAUUGGACCAAAAGUUGUUCAGAUUAAUCUUGUGAAUGAUAGACAUGAUGAACCAACCGAAGAAUUUAGGGUUUCACUUUCGUCAAAUUCAAGAGUAAUUUUAGGAAAUUCUUCUAAAGUUAAAAUAUUAGACGAUGAUGCUCCACCAGUCAUUGAAUUCACUCGACCUGUUUACGAAGUAUUAGAGAGUAAAGAUUCUGUUGCCGUUGGAAUAUCUGUUACAAAUGGAAAUGUUACUAGACCAGUCACUGUUAGAAUCUUCUCUAGUUUCGGCACAGCAAGCACAGACGAUUUCGUUGGUAUUGAUAAAGAAAUUACAUUUCAACCUGGUGAAAUUGGACCAAAAGUUGUUCAGAUUAAUCUUGUGAAUGAUAGACAUGAUGAACCAACCGAAGAAUUUAGGGUUUCACUUUCGUCAAAUUCAAGAGUAAUUUUAGGAAAUUCUUCUAAAGUUAAAAUAUUAGACGAUGAUGCUCCACCAGUCAUUGAAUUCACUCGACCUGUUUACGAAGUAUUAGAGAGUAAAGAUUCUGUUGCCGUUGGAAUAUCUGUUACAAAUGGAAAUGUUACUAGACCAGUCACUGUUAGAAUCUUCUCUAGUUUCGGCACAGCAAGCACAGACGAUUUCGUUGGUAUUGAUAAAGAAAUUACAUUUCAACCUGGUGAAAUUGGACCAAAAGUUGUUCAGAUUAAUCUUGUGAAUGAUAGACAUGAUGAACCAACCGAAGAAUUUAGGGUUUCACUUUCGUCAAAUUCAAGAGUAAUUUUAGGAAAUUCUUCUCAAGUUAAAAUAUUAGACGAUGAUGCUCCACCAGUCAUUGAAUUCACUCGACCUGUUUACGAAGUAUUAGAGAGUAAAGAUUCUGUUGCCGUUGGAAUAUCUGUUACAAAUGGAAAUGUUACUAGACCAGUCACUGUUAGGUUGGCAAACUCUAAUAUUUAUGAUGAAUCUAGUUUCGGCACAGCAAGCACAGACGAUUUCGUUGGUAUUGAUAAAGAAAUUACAUUUCAACCUGGUGAAAUUGGACCAAAAGUUGUUCAGAUUAAUCUUGUGAAUGAUAGACAUGAUGAACCAACCGAAGAAUUUAGGGUUUCACUUGCGUCAAAUUCAAGAGUAAUUUUAGGAAAUUCUUCUAAAGUUAAAAUAUUAGACGAUGAUGCUCCACCAGUCAUUGAAUUCACUCGACCUGUUUACGAAGUAUUAGAGAGUAAAGAUUCUGUUGCCGUUGGAAUAUCUGUUACAAAUGGAAAUGUUACUAGACCAGUCACUGUUAGAAUCUUCUCUAGUUUCGGCACAGCAAGCACAGACGAUUUCGUUGGUAUUGAUAAAGAAAUUACAUUUCAACCUGGUGAAAUUGGACCAAAAGUUGUUCAGAUUAAUCUUGUGAAUGAUAGACAUGAUGAACCAACCGAAGAAUUUAGGGUUUCACUUGCGUCAAAUUCAAGAGUAAUUUUAGGAAAUUCUUCUCAAGUUAAAAUAUUAGACGAUGAUGCUCCACCAGUCAUUGAAUUCACUCGACCUGUUUACGAAGUAUUAGAGAGUAAAGAUUCUGUUGCCGUUGGAAUAUCUGUUACAAAUGGAAAUGUUACUAGACCAGUCACUGUUAGAAUCUUCUCUAGUUUCGGCACAGCAAGCACAGACGAUUUCGUUGGUAUUGAUAAAGAAAUUACAUUUCAACCUGGUGAAAUUGGACCAAAAGUUGUUCAGAUUAAUCUUGUGAAUGAUAGACAUGAUGAACCAACCGAAGAAUUUAGGGUUUCACUUGCGUCAAAUUCAAGAGUAAUUUUAGGAAAUUCUUCUAAAGUUAAAAUAUUAGACGAUGAUGCUCCACCAGUCAUUGAAUUCACUCGACCUGUUUACGAAGUAUUAGAGAGUAAAGAUUCUGUUGCCGUUGGAAUAUCUGUUACAAAUGGAAAUGUUACUAGACCAGUCACUGUUAGAAUCUUCUCUAGUUUCGGCACAGCAAGCACAGACGAUUUCGUUGGUAUUGAUAAAGAAAUUACAUUUCAACCUGGUGAAAUUGGACCAAAAGUUGUUCAGAUUAAUCUUGUGAAUGAUAGACAUGAUGAACCAACCGAAGAAUUUAGGGUUUCACUUUCGUCAAAUUCAAGAGUAAUUUUAGGAAAUUCUUCUAAAGUUAAAAUAUUAGACGAUGAUGCUCCACCAGUCAUUGAAUUCACUCGACCUGUUUACGAAGUAUUAGAGAGUAAAGAUUCUGUUGCCGUUGGAAUAUCUGUUACAAAUGGAAAUGUUACUAGACCAGUCACUGUUAGAAUCUUCUCUAGUUUCGGCACAGCAAGCACAGACGAUUUCGUUGGUAUUGAUAAAGAAAUUACAUUUCAACCUGGUGAAAUUGGACCAAAAGUUGUUCAGAUUAAUCUUGUGAAUGAUAGACAUGAUGAACCAACCGAAGAAUUUAGGGUUUCACUUUCGUCAAAUUCAAGAGUAAUUUUAGGAAAUUCUUCUAAAGUUAAAAUAUUAGACGAUGAUGCUCCACCAGUCAUUGAAUUCACUCGACCUGUUUACGAAGUAUUAGAGAGUAAAGAUUCUGUUGCCGUUGGAAUAUCUGUUACAAAUGGAAAUGUUACUAGACCAGUCACUGUUAGAAUCUUCUCUAGUUUCGGCACAGCAAGCACAGACGAUUUCGUUGGUAUUGAUAAAGAAAUUACAUUUCAACCUGGUGAAAUUGGACCAAAAGUUGUUCAGAUUAAUCUUGUGAAUGAUAGACAUGAUGAACCAACCGAAGAAUUUAGGGUUUCACUUUCGUCAAAUUCAAGAGUAAUUUUAGGAAAUUCUUCUAAAGUUAAAAUAUUAGACGAUGAUGCUCCACCAGUCAUUGAAUUCACUCGACCUGUUUACGAAGUAUUAGAGAGUAAAGAUUCUGUUGCCGUUGGAAUAUCUGUUACAAAUGGAAAUGUUACUAGACCAGUCACUGUUAGAAUCUUCUCUAGUUUCGGCACAGCAAGCACAGACGAUUUCGUUGGUAUUGAUAAAGAAAUUACAUUUCAACCUGGUGAAAUUGGACCAAAAGUUGUUCAGAUUAAUCUUGUGAAUGAUAGACAUGAUGAACCAACCGAAGAAUUUAGGGUUUCACUUGCGUCAAAUUCAAGAGUAAUUUUAGGAAAUUCUUCUAAAGUUAAAAUAUUAGACGAUGAUGCUCCACCAGUCAUUGAAUUCACUCGACCUGUUUACGAAGUAUUAGAGAGUAAAGAUUCUGUUGCCGUUGGAAUAUCUGUUACAAAUGGAAAUGUUACUAGACCAGUCACUGUUAGAAUCUUCUCUAGUUUCGGCACAGCAAGCACAGACGAUUUCGUUGGUAUUGAUAAAGAAAUUACAUUUCAACCUGGUGAAAUUGGACCAAAAGUUGUUCAGAUUAAUCUUGUGAAUGAUAGACAUGAUGAACCAACCGAAGAAUUUAGGGUUUCACUUGCGUCAAAUUCAAGAGUAAUUUUAGGAAAUUCUUCUAAAGUUAAAAUAUUAGACGAUGAUGCUCCACCAGUCAUUGAAUUCACUCGACCUGUUUACGAAGUAUUAGAGAGUAAAGAUUCUGUUGCCGUUGGAAUAUCUGUUACAAAUGGAAAUGUUACUAGACCAGUCACUGUUAGAAUCUUCUCUAGUUUCGGCACAGCAAGCACAGACGAUUUCGUUGGUAUUGAUAAAGAAAUUACAUUUCAACCUGGUGAAAUUGGACCAAAAGGUUUCACUUCGUCAAAUUCAAGAGUAAUUUUAGGAAAUUCUUCUAAAGUUAAAAUAUUAGACGAUGAUGCUCCACCAGUCAUUGAAUUCACUCGACCUGUUUACGAAGUAUUAGAGAGUAAAGAUUCUGUUGCCGUUGGAAUAUCUGUUACAAAUGGAAAUGUUACUAGACCAGUCACUGUUAGAAUCUUCUCUAGUUUCGGCACAGCAAGCACAGACGAUUUCGUUGGUAUUGAUAAAGAAAUUACAUUUCAACCUGGUGAAAUUGGACCAAAAGUUGUUCAGAUUAAUCUUGUGAAUGAUAGACAUGAUGAACCAACCGAAGAAUUUAGGGUUUCACUUGCGUCAAAUUCAAGAGUAAUUUUAGGAAAUUCUUCUAAAGUUAAAAUAUUAGACGAUGAUGCUCCACCAGUCAUUGAAUUCACUCGACCUGUUUACGAAGUAUUAGAGAGUAAAGAUUCUGUUGCCGUUGGAAUAUCUGUUACAAAUGGAAAUGUUACUAGACCAGUCACUGUUAGAAUCUUCUCUAGUUUCGGCACAGCAAGCACAGACGAUUUCGUUGGUAUUGAUAAAGAAAUUACAUUUCAACCUGGUGAAAUUGGACCAAAAGUUGUUCAGAUUAAUCUUGUGAAUGAUAGACAUGAUGAACCAACCGAAGAAUUUAGGGUUUCACUUGCGUCAAAUUCAAGAGUAAUUUUAGGAAAUUCUUCUAAAGUUAAAAUAUUAGACGAUGAUGCUCCACCAGUCAUUGAAUUCACUCGACCUGUUUACGAAGUAUUAGAGAGUAAAGAUUCUGUUGCCGUUGGAAUAUCUGUUACAAAUGGAAAUGUUACUAGACCAGUCACUGUUAGAAUCUUCUCUAGUUUCGGCACAGCAAGCACAGACGAUUUCGUUGGUAUUGAUAAAGAAAUUACAUUUCAACCUGGUGAAAUUGGACCAAAACUUGUUCAGAUUAAUCUUGUGAAUGAUAGACAUGAUGAACCAACGGAAGAAUUUGCAGUUUCACUCGCAUCAAAUUCAAGAGUAAUUUUAGGAACUUCUUCUAAAGUUCAAAUAUUAAACGAUGAUGUUCCACUUGAACCAAUCGUUACAACCACACAGUCAGUGGCGGAUCAAGAAAUAGUUCAAUAUCCACCAAUCGUAAAUUUUACUCAGCCAAUUUACACGGCAAUAGAAAGAAAAAACGUAACUGUCGGUGUGUCCAUCUUUAAUAAUAAAAGGAAAACUCCUGUAACAAUCAGAAUCAUCCCAAAAUCUUACACAGCUGGAAUUAAUGAUUUUGAUAAUAGCAUCAAAGAGAUUAAAUUUCAACCUGAAGAAACUGGAGCAAAGUUUGUGGAAAUCAGUCUGAUAAAUGACAAAGAAUAUGAGGCUACGGAAGAAUUUACUGUUUCCCUUUCAUCAAAUUCAAUUGUAGUUCUUGGAAAUUCUUCUAAAAUUCAAAUAAUAGACGAUGACGUUCCACGUAAACCGAUCAUUGAAUUCACUCGACCUGUUUACGAAGUAGUAAAGAGUAAAAAUUCUGUUGCCGUUGGAAUAUCUGUUACAAAUGGAAAUGUUACUCGACCAGUCUCUGUUAGAAUCUUCUCUAGUUUUGGUACAGCAAGCAAAGACGAUUUUGUUGGUAUUGAUGAAGAAAUUACAUUUCAACCUGGGGAAAUUGGUCCAAAAUUUGUUGAAAUAAAUCUGGUGAAUGAUGGAGAUAAUGAACCAACGGAAGAAUUUACAGUUUCACUCGCAUCAAAUUCAAGAGUAAUUUUAGGAACUUCUUCUAAAGUUCAAAUAUUAAACGAUGAUGUUCCACUUGAACCAAUCGUUACAACCACACAUUCAGUGGCGGAUCAAGAAAUAGUUCAAUAUCCACCAAUCGUAAAUUUUACUCAGCCAAUUUACACAGCAAUAGAAAGAAAAAACGUAACUGUCGGUGUGUCCAUCUUUAAUAAUAAAAGGAAAACUCCUGUAACAAUCAGAAUCAUCCCAAAAUCUUACACAGCUGGAAUUAAUGAUUUUGAUAAUAGCAUCAAAGAGAUUAAAUUUCAACCUGAAGAAACUGGAGCAAAGUUUGUGGAAAUCAGUCUGAUAAAUGACAAAGAAUAUGAGGCUACGGAAGAAUUUACUGUUUCCCUUUCAUCAAAUUCAAUUGUAGUUCUUGGAAAUUCUUCUAAAAUUCAAAUAAUAGACGAUGACGUUCCACGUAAACCGAUCAUUGAAUUCACUCGACCUGUUUACGAAGUAGUAAAGAGUAAAAAUUCUGUUGCCGUUGGAAUAUCUGUUACAAAUGGAAAUGUUACUCGACCAGUCUCUGUUAGAAUCUUCUCUAGUUUUGGUACAGCAAGCAAAGACGAUUUUGUUGGUAUUGAUGAAGAAAUUACAUUUCAACCUGGGGAAAUUGGUCCAAAAUUUGUUGAAAUAAAUCUGGUGAAUGAUAGAGAUAAUGAACCAACGGAAGAAUUUGCAGUUUCACUUGCAUCAAAUUCAAGAGUAAUUUUAGGAACUUCUUCUAAAGUUCAAAUAUUAAAUGAUGAUGCUCCACCACUCAUUGAAUUCGAUCGACCUGUAUACAAAGCUUUAGAAAGUGAAAAAGCUGUUGUUGGAAUAUCAAUUACCAAAGGAAAAAUUAGUCAACCAGUCACUGUUAGAAUCAUCCCCAAAUCUGGCACAGCCAGCAAUAAAGAUUUUAAUGGUAAUGUGAAAGAGAUGAAAUUUCAACCUGGUGAAAUUGGACCAAAAUUCGUUGACAUUGGAUUGUUGAACGAUAAAGAAGUUGAGCCGGAAGAAGAAUUUUAUCUUUCACUCUCAUCGUCUUCAAAUAUUGCUCAUGGAAAUCGUUCUAUUGUUCGAAUAUUGGAUGAUGAUUUUUACCCCCUUCCCGUCAUUAAGUUCACCCAAACUGACUAUAACGCAUCGGAAGGUGAAAACGCUGUAGUUGGAAUAUCUGUGGCUGCGGGAAAAAUUAUUCAACCGCUGACAGUUAGAAUUAUUCCAAAGUCACAAUCCGCUGGUGAGAAUGAUUUUGAAAAUGUUCCUCAAGAAGUUACUUUUCAACCUGGUGAAACUGGACCAAAAUUUGUUGAUAUCGAUUUAAUAAAUGAUUGGGACGUUGAACCAAUAGAAGAAUUUACUGUUUCUCUCAUAUCCAAUUCAAGUGCAAUUCUUGGAAAUUCUUCAUCAGUGAAUAUACACGAUGAUGAUGCAUCGUGCAGGAGAAUGGAUAUCGGUUUUCUACUUGAUUCAACAGCUAGUAUGCGAAACUGCAACUUUAAGAAAGAAAAGAAAUUUGUAAAAGACAUAGUUAGUUACUUCAACAUUUCACAAGAGUUUACCCGGAUCAGUAUUAUGCAAUAUGGAGCUCGCAAUAUAUUAACACGUAAAUUCAAUGAGACAAAAUCACUAAAAGAUUUCCAAAGUCAAAUUGACAGUCUUCAAUUGAAAGGAGGUAGUGCAAGAUUAGGAGAAGCGAUGUAUUUGGCUGCUUCAUCAAUGUUUACGGUGGAAUCUGGUAUGCGCCCAUAUGUUCCAAAGAUCCUUGUUGUCCUAAGCGAUGGCUCAGAAACAGUCUUCACACAAUUUGCCCAAGCGAUUUCUUCUCUGUUAGACAAGAAUAAAGUCAGAGUCAUUGCCGUUGGAGUUGGUGAGGCGGACGAAAAAACUCUAUCUCAAUUUGUGUCAUCUCCAAAAGAUUUGAUCAUUGUCGAUAAGUUUCAGGAUGCGACGGAAAAUCUUGUGGCUUUAUUGAAUCGGGCUUGUAUAUCAGGUUCUGAUCCGGAAAAGUGUCGAGUCACGAAGAAAUUGUUGCCUAACGUUAAGAUUGGUGGUUGUGUCAGUGGAAAACCGGUGGAAAUUGGUGUUUGUAGUGGACACUGCCUAUCAAAGUUUAUUAAUUAUAAUGGGUUGUACGAAAUGAAAUGUGCUUGCUGUAAAGUAAAAGAAUCUGUCACAAUUCCUGUUGAUCUACAAUGCAACUUGGACAAAAGGCAAACUUUCAAAAUCAGCUCAGCGGUUUCCUGCUCGUGUGCACCAUGUACAGAAAAACAUAUUGGUGUACACUGAAAAACAUAUUGGUGUACUUUCUUAGUUAUAAUAUGUUCAUUGUAUACAAUGCAGUAAUAAUUGAGUGUAAAUAGCUCAAAUAUGGUAGUCAAAAUAUUGUCGACUAUAUAUUAUUAAACGACUUCAUGCCUCAAGGCAUUUCUUA